AUGUCUGAUGUUGUAGAACAACUUAAGGUGAUUCAGGCAGAGUUCAGUGACAUAUCUAGAACAUUAACAUUUGAAACAAUUUGUGAUGUUCGAGUGGUUUCCACCUGUGAAUUAUCACGAACUAAUGCUCCAACGUUCCACGAUGAUGUAGUGGUGGGUUUCACUGAUGUGGUAGAGAAUAUCAUUGAUGGCCUUGCCAGAAGGAUGACAGAGCGUGAUGUGAUUUCAAUUGUUGGCAUGCCUGGACUUGGCAAGACGACUACUGCAAAAAAAGUGUUCAAUGAUGAAAAGAAAGAGUUGCUCUUGGAGAUGUUGUCCCAAGUUCUCGAGGAAGUUGAUGAAGUGACUAAGAUGAAGGAUGACGCGGAUUUAGCUGAACUGUUGUGUAGAAAGUUAAAGAGGAAGAGGUACCUAAUUGUCGUUGAUGAUCUUUGGGAUAUCAAGGCUUGGGAUGACUUGCAGAGGUCAUUUAUAGACGAUGACAAUGGUAGUAGAAUAAUGGUCACAACUCAACUGCAAGGUUUGGCUUCAUACAUUGAAUCUGAUACGAAGCCUGACAAUCAUCCUACUCCUCUUCGGCAUUUCAAUGUUGAAGAAAGUUGGGAGUUAUUACAGAAGAAGGUGUUUGCAACAGAUUGCUGCCCCCGAAAUCUAAAGGAACCUGGAAUGCAAAUUGCAGAAUGUUGUCAAGGACUUCCUCUUGCUGUUACAUGGUAG